AUGACCAGCCAACGCAAACCCCUUGUCAGCUUCCUUGGCCCAGUCGCCUCCUACACCCAUCAGGCUGUUCGCCAGGCCUUUUCUGAGGACACCUGGGACUUUCGGCCUGCCGUCACUAUAGAUGACGUGUUCGACCAAGUUCAAAAUGCCCAGGUGCAAGCUGGCGUUGUGCCCUUUGAAAACUCAACCAAUGGUUCAGUAGUUUUCACCCUGGACAACCUGGCCGACCGGGCCAAUCGUUAUCCAGACAUCACUGUCGACGGCGAAACAUACGUGGAUGUUCACCAUUGCCUUGUUGGCCACAAGAGUACCGCACCUGUUGUGGAAGAGGCUACUGAAGGGUCCGGCACUUGCACACCCACAGCGACAGAUCCGUCGCCUUCUAGACCGAGGUCCAAACCCUUGUCCAGUGUGAAGCACAUUCAACGGCUGUACUCUCACCCCCAAGCGUUUGGUCAAUGUACAGCUUUCAUUUCCACCUACCUCAAGGGCGUUGAGAUUUUCGAGGUCAGCUCGACCAGCAAGGCAGCUGAAAUUGUAAGCAAGGAUGCUACGGGUACCUGGGCUGCGAUUUCUAGUGAGCUCGCUGGCGAACUCCAUGGUCUUGAUUUCCUGGGCAAAUCAAUUGAGGACCGGGAGGAUAAUGUCACCCGAUUCCUGGUAAUCGGAACUAACGCUGCGGGCCCGAAAGAUCUGGAGAAGACCAAACAAGCAGUAGCCCAGAAAGGGAGCAAGUCGCUUGUGUCCUUCACAGUACCUCACACAUCGCCUGGAGCAUUGGCUGACGCCUUGAGCUGUUUUCGGGCCUUUGACCUCAACUUGACCAGUAUAAACAGUCGGCCAAGCCUUGUCCAGCCUUUCCAAUACAUAUUCUUUGUUGAAUUCGAAGGCCACAAGUACGACGAUCCAGAAGGGCGUGUCAACGGUGCAUUGGAAAAGGUCAGUCGCGUGGCUGAGAGCUGGAGGUGGCUUGGCAGUUGGGAGAGAUACGUAUGA